UCGGGACGGCUCCGGGGGCGGCAGCGGCGGCGGUAGCGGGCUCCCCAGCGGCAUGCCAGUGCUCCCCCGGCGCUAUGGCUAGCGGGAGUUCGGGGAAGUCUACUAGCGAGGCGGCUUCUCCUCCUGCUCCUGCUAGCGGUGUUUGUCACUCGAGUGCCGUCGGGGUCGGCUCGCAGCCACGGAAGAGGCUUGUCUCGGUCUGCGACCACUGCAAGGUGAAGAUGCAGCUGGUGGCCGAUCUGCUGCUGCUGUCUAGUGAGGCGCGACCGGUGCUGUCGGAAGGCUCCACUGCUUCCUCCGGCCCCGGAGGUGAGUCCUUUGAAAAGUGUCGGGACACCAUCAUCGCCCGCACAAAAGGGCUCUCCAUCCUGACUCACGACGUACAAAGUCAACUCAACAUGGGCCGUUUCAGCGAGGCCGGGGACAGUCUGGCGGAGCUGGGCGAGCUGGUCGUCUCGCUGACCGAGUGUUCGGCUCAUGCCGCCUACUUAGCCGCGGUGGCCACCCCAGGGGCACAGCCGGCACAGCCGGGCUUGGUGGACCGGUACCGAGUGACCCGCUGCCGGCACGAAGUGGAGCAGGGGUGUGGGGUGUUGCGAGCAACUCCUUUGGCGGACAUGACACCCCAGUUGCUGCUGGAGGUGUCCCAGAGCCUGUCGCGCAAUCUCAAGUUCCUAACGGACGCCUGCGCCCUGGCCAGCGAAAAGUCCCGGGACCGCUUCGCCCGAGAGCAAUUCAAACUGGGCGUCAAGUGCAUGAGCACCAGCGCGUCGGCGCUGCUGGCCUGCGUGCGGGAGGUGAAGGCGGCGCCCAGCGAGCUGGCCCGCAGCCGCUGCGCGCUCUUCAGCGGGCCCCUCGUACAGGCGGUCAGCGCCCUGGUGGGCUUCGCCACCGAGCCCCAGUUCCUGGGUCGAGCCGCCUCCGUCAGUUCCGAGGGCAAGGCGGUGCAAACCGCCAUCCUCGGUGGGGCCAUGAGUGUCGUGUCGGCCUGCGUGCUCUUGACCCAAUGCCUCAGGGAUAUAGCCCAGCACCCCGACGGGGGCGCCAAGAUGACAGACCACAGGGAAAGGCUGAGGAAUUCAGCCUGCGCCGUCUCGGACGGCUGCAACCUGCUAUCUCAGGCACUAAGGGAGAGGUCUUCGCCCAGGACUUUACCGCCAGUGAAUUCCAAUUCUGUGAAUUAACCCUAUCCCGACUGCCCCCCACCCACCUUCACCCCCUUCUCCAGUUUAUUCCCUUCUUGCCCCUGAUUGUGACUACAGAAA